AUGCCGACCGCGUUCGUCACCGGCGUGGCUUACUUUAACCGUGGCUUCGAUACGCCCAUGGUGAGGGAGGACUUAGCGAGCCAAAAUGAGGCACGUCAGCUCUCCGCCCUCUACCACGUCGUGGCGUACAUGACGAUGGGCAAAGACAUGUCGGGCCUCUUCAAUGAAGUCUCUGCGCUCACCUCCAGCACCAACAGCACCCUGAAACGCUUGGCUUACUUGUACCUUGUAGAGAACAGCCGCGCGCAGCCGGAGCGUACGGUACUGCAGGCUGGCACGCUUGUGAAGGACACCCUGCACGACUCGCCACUCGUUCGUGGCGCCGGUUUGCGUACCAUGACGAAUAUUCAGCUGCCCGUUAUGGCCGACUUUGUCACCGGCCCGCUUCACCGCUGCCUGGAGGACAACUCCGCGUACGUGCGACGUGUCGCCGCGAUGGGCGUGUUGAAGCAUUAUGCCGAGGCGCCGAACGUGUCGUCGGACUCGGACCUCCUCGACAAGCUGAAGGGGCUGCUUAAGGAUACCAACGCCGCGGUUACUGGAUCCGCGGUGCGGGCCAUACUGGAGCUGCAGUACCGCAACGCGCCCGUCUCGUACAUCCAGGCGCUGCUGGAGGCUCGUUCGCACUUUAUCAGGAUGCUCCUGCUCGGCAACGAGUGGACAACAGCGUAUCUCCUGGAGGGUCUCGCCAUUGCAGUGAUGUGGGAGUGCCGCGAGGCGGUGCUGAAGAGUAAAGGCGAGGAGGCGGGCUGCGGCCGUCGCCGCCGCCGCGAACCCCCGUCUCCCGUAGCCUCGAGCACUGGUGACAACAGCUCUUCAGAGCCGACCUCUCCCAUACUGCGGCACGCCGGUCGCCCCGGCGCUCAGGACGACGCUGAUGAUGACGAGCUUGACACACUUCGCCAACAGUACAUCACGGAGGGCGAGGAGACACUGGAGGCGGUGCUGCCGCUGAUGCAGUACGCGAGCCCCAUCAUUGUGCUCAGCGCGAUCCGCGUUGUCGGGCUCUUUUUGCAUGCGGUCACCUCAUCCCGCCUGCGCGUCCCGGAGGCGGAGCAGUCCCGGCUGUUGCGGCGCUACGCACUCUCUCUGGUCCAGCCCCUGAUGGAGAUGCUCGAAGCGCCACGGUUCGAGAUGCGGUACGUGGUGCUGCGCAACAUUGUGCAGUUCCUGACGCCUGUGUUCACACCGUACCUAACUGCGCAUCUUAGCAAGUUCCUCGUCAAGUUUGAGGAUCCCAUCUACGUGAAGAUGGAGAAGCUGAACCUCCUCGUGCGCUUCUCCAACCGCGAGAAUGGCGCUCGCGUGCUAGAUGAGCUUAUGGUCUACACGCGCGAGGAGGACGUCGCGCUGGUGCGCACGGCCAUCAAGGCCAUUGGCGUGCUGGCUACAACGCUCCCGGAGUUGUCAGAGGAGUGCGUGCGCCAGCUUGGGCAGCUCAUUACCACGGGUGUGCCGCACCUGGUGGAGGAUACGGUUUUCGUGGUGCAGAUGGUGCUGCGCUGCUACCCGGGUAAGUUCACCGCCAUCAUUCCAUCCCUGUGCGCCUCACUGACGAUCCUGGAAGCGACGGAGGCGAAAGCGGCGGUAGCGUGGGUGCUCGGCGAGUACCCUGACAGCGUCUCCGAGUCUGUGACCGAGUAUCUUUCGGUGCUGGUGAGCCAGUUCAUGGAGCAACCGCGCCUCGUUCAGUGUGCCACUAUGACAGCACUGGCGAAGCUGUACCUGCGCGGCGCUCGCAUGGCACCGGAAAAGGACAGUAAUAGCGCCAUCCCGAACGGGGCCCAGGCCAUGCUAGAGAAGGUUUUGAGCGAGUGCACGGACUCGCUGUACCCCGACCUGCGUGAUCGCGCCUUCUUCUACUGGCGCCUUAUGACCCUCGAUCCCGGUGUGGCGAAGCGCAUACUCGCGUCUACGGAGGCGGUGAAGCUUGGCUCCAACUCCUGGGACGAGUUUGGCCACCGCUUUUCCCAGCAGCCGGGCACUAGCAGCGGCCUACAGGAGCUCGGCACGCUCGCCUCUGUUGUUUCCAAGCCGCUCCACCUUCUCAUCGGAGAUAACGUGAUUGGCAGCUCAAUGAAGUGCCUGAUUGGCCUCAGUGACGACGAAGACGCUGAGGCCAAUGGGGACGGCGACAGGGAUGAAGCCAACGGAUACGCCGGCGGGAGUGGCAAUGGGUUGUCUGUGGGAAAGGCCGUGUUGGCCGUGGGUGCCAGCAGUUCCUCGACGAUUGCCCAUGGCGCCGCGGUGGCCAUGCCGCCGUCGAGCGAGACCACCACGAGCUUCUCGACGGUGCUUACUCCUGUGCAAGGCAACGGUGUGCAGGUAGAGAUGAUGUGGUCGCUGUGGGGCUCGAAGCUGGUCUUGUGCUGUCGUCUGCGUCUCGUUCCUGGCGAGGACUACAUGCGACACACCCGCGUGCUCACGAUGCAGAUCAACUGGAACAUGUUUGGCCUCGGCGUGGCGCAGGUGUUCUCCGCGACAUCGCUCGAGUGUGAUGGCAAGCCGGCAGAGAUCAGUGUGCUGGUCGCGUGCAACAAUCAGAGGUCGCCGACGGCGGAGCUGCAGGUGGCCAUUGAGCUAGAGCUCAUCGGAGUACGCUAUGUCGUAGCCCCGCCGAUCCCAGCUGCCUACCUUCUGCUCCCUGCCACUGGGUGCGAGCUGCACUUCUUUGCCGAGCAAUGGCGUGCGCUGGGUCACUCCGUGUGGAACAUGCCGCCGCAGCUGCACGAGCUCAAGUGCGACCUGACGCGGCUGACUACGAACCUGCUGCGCGUCCACUGCUUGAAUCUGGUUCACCGGCACGAACUGCCGGAGAAGGGGCUGGUGUUGCUUCUCCUUUACUGCGAAACGAUCGGCCAUGAGCAUCUGCUGUCUCAGGCGACGCUGGACAUGAAGGAAGGCACGCUGAUGGCGCUCAGCAUGCGCUCUGCUGACCCUCCAGUCGCCGCUUAUGUUGGCGAGUUUAUUAUGCGCGCCUUAUGCCCGCCAUCGACGAGCUGA